AACACCAUCCUCCAAACUGACUCUUAUUUACGCAGCUAACCUCGAAUAUCUCCAAGAAAAUUGCCGUUAAUAGAAGAGGGCAUUUCCGGAAUCGUUUAUUCAAAUAUAACCGUUAGUUUUCCCUCUCAUUCAACGCUUAAACCUCUAAGAAACCCAGAAAUUCAACUUUUUCUUCUUCAUUAUCUCAAUUCGAUUACUGAAUCAAACAAAAAACAUUAAACUUUUUGGGAAUUCGUUAAUUUUUGCACGGAUUGUAGAUUUCUUAGCAGAAAAUUGGAUUAAGAAGUUAAGAAAACAGGAUAUUUCACCUUUCUUUUUCGACUAUGGUGGUGCGGUUUUCUGGCCAUUUCUGCGCCACUGCACGCUUAUCUUAAUAUCUGUGAAAAUGUUACUUUCUUGAGCAAUUUUCCCUUGAUGGUGGGUUUAAUUGCAGAAAUUUUGCUGUAAGAAAUGAAAGAAUCUGGGAUGAAUCACCAACAUGCUAGCCGGAAAGAGAGGGGUGAAGGGUUAAUUCAUAAGAAGAUAGUGCAAUUUACAAUCAUCUUUGUUUGCAUCUGGUUGAUUUACCAGUUUUGUCACUUACUUGGUGGCGUUUAUGCAAGAGAUCGAGUUAAUGGCUAUGAGAAGGUCGAUAUGAAGAUCCAAAACGAGCGUAUCGGGAAACUUUUUGGGCGUAAAGGGGGGCUCGGAUCAUCUCACAAUGCUGAGGGGGUGGAGUUGUAUGGAGUGGAUAUGAUUGGAGCAGCUGAGAGGAUAAAACAUAUAGCUGAAGACAAUGAAGAGAGCGAUGUUGGAAGCAGUUUUCCUGAAGGGAAUGAUGAUGAAGACGAAGAGCCAUCUCUUGAUGAUUAUAAUAAGGCCUUAGAUUUGACAGAUUUGGGAGAAAUUGGGGAGAAAAUACAGGAAAAUAAGACAAAUGCUUCAACCAGGAAUGAAGGUAGCCCACUGAUGAAGGCAAGUACAACUGAAGUUGAGUCCCUAGUUAGUUUUGGUGCUGUGAUUUUGAAAAAGAAUGAUAAAGAAUAUGAAGUUUUUCGGUUUAAUGAUGAGACUGGGGUUCCAAAAUAUGAGUCUGCACCCUCCAGGAGAAGCGAUAUCCAGGUUGAGAAUUCGCUUAAAGGAAGGUUGGUGAAUUCGAGCAAUUGCCAGAAACUUUCUAAACAGAAAAAUGCUGAAAAACAAAGGCUGAACAAGUCUGAAGAGUUGAAAGACCUGACAGUGGUUGAAUCUGGAAAAGGAAGCAUACGAGAACUUCUUCAGAAUGAAGGUAGCUCAUCAGUAGCUGCAAUAUUGUUUGUCAGAUCUCAGUGACAGUUGAUAAUGUAAAAUUCUCUUUACUCAAAGAGCUGUGUGUAUAGAAAAUGAGAUACCAUUCUUGUGUAUGUCAUUGUUUCACUUUGCUUAGACAGUCAGUCAGUAGUCUCUUGUGUAGUGUAGUGUGUCUUACAGUUUUGACUCGCGAACUAAAAUCUAAAUUGCAGAUAGUUUCUUAUCUUAAAAAUAAA